AGGGCGGCCGGGCGGAUGGCGGAGGCGGUCAAGCCCCGCAGCCGGAGCAAGGCCGGCCGGGGCAGAGCGAAGGAAAAAAAGAAAAAGAAUGAAGAGAGUGGGCCAGCUCAGCUAUCUUUGUGCAGGAGAGUUGAUGCUCAAGAAGAGCCUUUGCAGGACAGCGGUGCGCAUGAGGGACCUGUUUCAGAAUCCAGGCCCUGCAGCAAAGCCACCCAGGGGGAAGCUGGGAACGAGGUCCUCGAAGUGCUGCCCAGCCUGCUAACCCUUGAAAAUGAAGCCCCCCCAGCAGCUCCCCCGAUCAGACCUCCAUCACCCGUGGAAGAACUGGGUGGAAGGACUUUGCAGGAGGAGAAAGAUGCAGCAACGGCAGAUGGGCAGAAUCUCAAGGAAGGAGCAGUUAGCGGAAAGUUGGCUUUUGACCUGUUGGAAGAAGACAUUCCGCCCACGGAAACUGUACACAGUGUUUGCCAUAUGAAACAUCCGGUUGCCCCUCCCUCCGAAAAGGUUCUUGCCCCCAUUCCUCUUCCUGAGAAAGGUGUGAAAAGACACAUGGAGACCCCUGUCUUCAAAAUGUUGUACCCUGAUCUGCCGGUGGAGUUGUCCUACGAGGGGCUGCCAAACGUCACCGUCAAACCGCAGCACCCUCCCGAGAGACUGUAUCCUGAACUUCCAGCAGAUCCAGAGCUGGUACCUUUCACCAAAGACCAGCUGAGGGUUUUUGAGCCCUGUUCCUGGCUGGAGAACGUCGAGGCCUACGCAGAGGAAUUUGGGAGCGUCGCCCACCAGGACCGGCACGAGUUUUUUGAGCUGGUGCUGAAUUACUGCCGCUGUCGGAAACAGUUGCUCCUGGCUGAGGCGAAACUGCAGUCCCUCUGUGCGGAUUGUGAGAGUGUCAAAGACCGCCUGUGGACUUUCAAGGAUCAGCAGCAGACUGCCCAGGGUGUCUGUGCCGAUCAGUGCAAAGUGUCUGGCUUUCACCGAUACCAGACAGUUGAGGUGAACGAAGGAGCUCUGGGAGAACUGAAGAAGCUCUUUGAGGUCCAGACUGAACAUCUGCACCAGAUACUUGCUCUGCACUUGUACACCUCUGUGUUGUCCCGCUUGCAAGUGGAGUCGUACCUCUACAACCUGCUGAGGGGCUCUGCCUUGCUAAGGCCGGUGGGCAUUCAGCAGCAGGAAUCAGCAGCUCUGAAAACAACGGAAUCCCCUUCUUCAGACUUGGGAUCCUUGAAAGACUGCAUCAGCGUUCUCUUCAGCUUUACCCGUCGGGUCACUGAGGAUGCACAGUUCCAGAGCGAUGUUCUCUUGUGGCUUCGGAGGCUGGUCUCUGUCUUGCACAGGAUUGCUUCUCCAGGAGACCAUCUUUUCCUCUUAAACCACAUCCUCCGUUGCCCGGCCGGUGUCGGCGAGUGGGCUGUGCCGUUUGUUCAGAUCCAGAUUCUGGGCAACCCAUCUGGUGUCUUUCACUUCAUGCAGGCCCUCGCUUUGCUCAUGUCUCCUGCCAAAAACCGAGCAGAAUUUAUGUGCCAUAUGAAGCCGAGCGAACGAAGGCCUUCUUCAUCUGGGAUGGAAUCUGGAAACUGGACUUUAGUGGACGAAGCUGGAGAAGAGGAUGAAGAUCCGGACACUAGCUGGGUUCUUCUUCUUGAAGAUGAUCUGAUAACACUUUUGUCUCAGUUCCCCUUCCAUGAACUCUUCCAGCAUAUGCUUGGCUUUGAUGCUAAAGGCGCCUACGUUUCUGAGAAAACAACUUCCCAAGAAAUGAUGAAGAUGUUUGCCUUCGCUAACUCUGUAGUGGAGCUUCUUGCCCUGGGGCUGGAAACCUUCAACCGAGCCCGUUACAGGCAGUUUGUGAAACGGAUCGGCCGUCUCAUCAGGAUGACGCUGUGCUACGUGAGUGAUCACUGGGCCCAGUUUGUCAGCCGUGCCAAAGAUGGUGGCUCUGUGAUGCAGCCCUACUCCUUCAAGAAGUUGCAAGUCGAGUUUGAUGAGUUCUUUCUGAGGGCCAUCCUCCAUGUCCUGAAAGCAAAAAGACUAGGGGUCUGGCUCUUCAUGUCUGAGAUGCCUUAUGGGACACUGUCCAGCAACAUGCUUUGGAAGCUCUUCUCCAUCAUGCACAGUGCUGAAAGCGAAGAUCUAGAGAAGUUCAGUUCCACCAUGGAGCUGGUGGAGUGCAAGCGCAAGCUCAAAGAUCCGGCCCACCUGGAGACGUUUGAGCGGUAUCUGCAAUCGAUGAACAGCUCCGAGGAGAUCUGCCUGCUGACCACAUUUGCCCAGAUGGCCCAGACCAAACGGGAUGACGUUGAUGAGGACUUUGUGAAAGUUGUGGUGCUGGAGAUCUACGAGGUAUCUUACGUCAGUCUUUCCACAAGAGAAACUUUUUCGAAAGUUGGCCGAGAGCUCCUGGCCGCCAUAACUGCUGUUCAUACAAAUAUGAUUUCUGUCCUGCUGGACCGAGUCAGGGAGACUAUUGAAAGAGUUGGCAUGGUUACUCUUUAUUUGUUUAAAGAGCUGCCAAUGCUUCUCUGGAAACCAUCUGCUUCCGAGAUCGCCUUGCUCCGUGACUGGCUUCUGAAUUACAAUCUGACGGAAGUCGAGAAUAAACUUGCUUGCGUUGUCCUGGAAGAGAUGAAUUGGGGCCCUAGGGAGCAGCACGGUCACCUUCACAUCAGUCCGGCAGUCCACGCGGAAGUUGCCCUGAUGAUCUUAGAAGCUUACCAGAAGCACCUCCCUCAGAAGCCAUACAGUGGACUCCUCUCUGAAAGCUUCAAACAGGUUUCCUAUCUGGCCAGCAUUGUCCGUUACGGCGAGACAGCAGAGAGCUCCUUUAAUCAGUGGGCAUGGGGGAUGAUUUUGCGGUUAAAGCUGCACGUGAAUGAUUAUGGAGUCCAGGGAGACUGGCCCCCAGCUCCAGUUCCCGACUUGACAGAAUCACCCACCUUUCACCCGCUGCUGAAGGCAGUCAGAUCUGGCCUCCCAAUUGGUUGCUACCUUGCCUUGGCCAUGUCAGCUGUUGGCCACAGUAUUGAGAAGUUCUGUGCUGAAGGGAUCCCUUACUUGGGCAUUCUAGUACAGUCACGACAUUUGAGAACAGUAGUUCACGUCCUGGAUAAAGUUUUACUUUUGUUCUACCCGUGCCAGUACUACCUUCUCAAGAAUGAAAAGUUUCUCUCCUUCUUCCACCAGUUUCUUCAGCUGGAUAGUGGUGUUCCCCAAGGGAUGACUCAGCAGAUGACCCACAAAGUGGCUCAGCACUUGACUGGGACCAGUUAUGGCGAAAACGUUAAGCUGUUGAACUCCAUGAUUCAGAGUCACAUUUUUAUGAGCAGCCACCCCAGCGGAGCUGGUCCAGCCACCGUGUUAGAAUUCUGGGUCCAGGUCCUCACCAGCCAACUGCUCUGGCACAGGGAAAAAGCCACCCUCUGCCUGAUGGAUGGUUUGUGCCAAGCAGCAUUUCAGUUCAACCAAGAGGACUGUGUGCAGAAGUUGCUCUAUCAGCAACACAAGAAUGCUCUGGGCUAUCACUGUGACAAAGGGCUCUUGUCUUCCUUGGUCAGCUGGAUUGUGGCAGGCAACAUCACACCUUCCUUCAUCGAGGGAAAUGCUAAUCCCACGCAGGUUUGGUUUGCAUGGAGUGUUCUGAAUAUGGAGUCCAUAUUUGAAGAAGAUUCCCAGCUUCGUAGAGUUGUAGUGAGGGAGUUAGUUACCAAUUCUGUUUCACCUGACCAGGCUCUGAAGAAAGCUCAGGCCCAACUCAAGCUGCCAAUUGUGCCUUCUCUUCAGCGCCUGCUGAUUUACCGCUGGGCUCAUCAGGCCCUAAGCACCCCGGUGGAUCACCCGCUCCUUCCACUUAUCUGGCAGAAAUUCUUCCUUCUCUAUUUGCAUCGCCCAGGAUUGCAAGAUGGGCUACCCAAAGAUGGCUGCAUUGGGAAGAGAUUUUUCCAGAGUUCUGCUCAUCUUAGCCUGUUGAAUGACCUGAAGCAGCGCCUGAUUGAGGCCACUGACUUCCACCAUUCGGCUAGCAAAGUUCUCCAGUUGGACAGCCCAGCAGGUGGAAGUGGAAGUCCAGCAGAAAAAGGGUCCAGCAAGACCAAUGACACGACUUCCCUAGAGCUUCACAAGGAGCUUGUCCGGCUUUUUUCCACAUUUGUUCUAUGGCUAGAAGAAGAAAGGUUUCAGAAAGGGGACCCAUAUAUUCCCUCUUUGCCGAAGCAAUAUGAUGGAUAUCGGCUUGCCAAGAUCAUGCAGAACCAGCAGGACCUAUGGAUAGAAUUUGUCAACGUUCAGCAGAUUCAGCAUGAGUUCCAGGAAGCCUUAGACUUCUGGUUUCGAGUCAGAGUGGGAUCCCAUCCUGCCUCAAGUGUUUCGUCAGCACAGACAGACUUCACAGACCCUUUGCUAGCCAAGGAGAGAAUUAUCAGCAGCUUAAAGAAAUACGAUGAGCCCCAGCCCCCUCUGCCCCUUCAGCCAAUGAAGGCUCCUGUGCCUGUUAUUUCUCCUGCUAGCUUGGUAAACCAACAUGAGGCCAAAGAAUUGACUUGCACUAACCUCAGUGUCUUGCAGCAGCAUGCUAAAUUGGCAGCACUCCGGGAAUCCCAGCAAGUUGCUUUCAGUAGUGAGAUUUUGGACACGCUGCCAAAACUUUAUAUCAACAGAGAAGAACAAGUUACUCUUCACCUGGAAUGUCGGGGUGGAUCUGGCAAAAGUUGCCACGGAGCGGCUCAUGUAACAAUCAAGUUUGAGGGCAAACACAAAAAUGAAGCCAUCAACCAGCAGUUACACGUUCUGGAAAAAGAAAUGAAGCAGUUGCAGGCCGAAGCUGCUAAGCUGCCCCCUCUGAGUGUGGUGGGAGCUGCUGUUUACAUGGAGAACUUCAUAAUGGGUUUAAUAAAUAUCUAUAAGGUUCAGCCUACACCAAGGAUUCAGCGAAUUGGGAUCAGUCUGUUCUUUGCAAUAGUGGAAUACGUGUGUGAUGAAACCCAGCGUCACCCGCCAACCAGACAGUUCUUCACUUCCUGUAUCGAGAUCCUUGGCCAGGUGUUCAUUGCAGGUACCAAGUCUGAAUGCAAACGGGUUCUGCAAACCAUUCUGAAGAACCGAAGACUUUGCACACUUCUCUCCCCCUACUUCACUCCUGUCGCCUCCCCGGAGGAAUUUGUCUACUUGUAUGAGCAGGUUGUGGCUUUCCUCGGUGACGACAACAGCGAUGUCAUUUUCAUGCUGCUGACAAAGUUUGACCUUCUGGAAUGGUUGCAGAGUUCAAAACCUCCACUGUCAGAGCGUGGCCAGCUUUUGGAGUCCAUCCAUGUGGCUCUCAAAACCUGUGGCUUUGAGCCAGAGGAGGACAUCUUAAUGCCUUUUUCCAUCUUCUGCAAACACUGGAUUUGCCUCCUCCAGUACCAGUUUCCUGACCACUACAGUAGUUUUUUGUGGUUGCUUCUUCAAAGUUCUUCAGAUCAGCUCCUGAGCCCUGAAUGCUGGAAGGCAUCUCUUAAAGCUUUGGGCUGCACCACCUCCACAGCAGCAAAGAACAAUGGUGGGAAAGAGAUGGCCCACCAAAGCAUCCCACUACAGCCUUCAGCAGAACCAGUUCUAUCGGCAGAGCAGGUCAUGGAGACCAUAGAGUGGUUUUCCAACUACUUUCUCAAGCUGCGGUUGUCCUCUCAAGACUUCCGAAGUUUUGGAUUAUUUUCCAAGUGGGCGCCUUAUGUAGCCGAUGUUAGACAUCUCAUGCAGUAUCUUGUCCACCGUCUAAUUGACUCCGAAACGGACAGCUUAGUGCGAGAACCCAUAGGCGGCGGCAGGGUAUCGGCAGCUUUGCGUUCUCUGCAUUUAGUUAUCACCCAACUCUUCAAGCCAUGGCUUCAGGUUUUAGAGAGUGAAGAUGCAAGCAAACAGCCCUGCUAUCCAUGGCUGGAGAGCGAUUCUUCCAUUGCGUCAACUAUGGUGGAGUUGUAUGCAUCCAGCAUAGCCAUUUUGCACCAAGGUUUUAAAGAUAAGCUGCUGCCAAGUGACCAGGGAGCCCUUUGGCUCCUCCUGAUGCACUACUGUGAGACAUGCACUGCACCCAGAAUGCCAGAGCACGUCAUUCAUACAUUCCAUAGGGAAUUUGGUCGCCUGCCCUGGAAGGAAAUGUAUCCAGAACAGCGCCUUAUGGAGGAAUUCUUUAAGGUAGAAAGAGGCAGUCCCAAGAGUUGUUUCAUAUUCUUGGGCUCGGUGCUGUGUGAGGUCAACUGGGUCAGUGUCCUCUCAGACGCCUGGGAACCCAGCCCACCUCCAGAAACGCACAGCAUGAUUGUGUGCCUGCUUUAUAUGGUGGUCCUGCUGGCAAAAGAGGAGCAGCUGAUAACCAAAGAGCAAUCUCCGCUGCUCAACCUCCUUGGCCAGACCAGCUCCCUUCCCUGGCAGCACAUCAACAUUUUGUCCUAUCAGAGCAUCCUCAGUUACUUCAAUAGCCAUUACCCUCCCGCCAUCAUUUUGGCCAAGGAACCGGAGGCUGAACUGGUGGUGAAACUCUUGAAGGUGUCUGCCGGCUUCAGCACCUCUUUUGGCAGCAGCAGGCACCUUGACGCCAGCCUCAAGUGCCGAGCCUUCAUCCGCCAGGUUGUCCACUUCCUUGGCCUUCUGGAGCAAAAUGGGACACUUGCCCCAGCAGUCCUGGAGCAGGAGUUCUCAAAACUGCUGGAUGAUACUGUCAUCUUUAAUCCUCCAGACACUGAUGUGCAGGUGCGCAAUCUGUCCUUAACCAGCCUCUUUGCUGAAGCCCUGAUGGUUAUGAACAACGCCAGUGCCGCCUUGGCAGAAUCCCUCUUGGUUUGUCUGUGCCGCUGGAUUGACAACACGAUGCAUGGUUUAGGGGUGAUGCCGCUCUUAACAGCCUCUUGCCAGAGUUUGGCAUCUGUCCGACACAUGGCCAUGACCGUGGAGGCUUGUGUCACUGCCUACUUUAACGAAGACCAUCCUCUCAACCAAGAUUUGGGCUGGGGACCAAUUGUAGCCUCCUUGCAGGUUCCAGAACUCACAGCCGAAGACUUCCUUCAAGAGUCCCUUACGUUGGGAGGCUACCUAACCCUUUACGUUUACACACUGCAGCAGCUGAAUGCUGAGCGGACCCUGACCAACGAAAUGCGAGUGCUCUUAACCUUGAGCAAGUGGUUAGAACAGGUGUAUCCCAGCUCUGCAAAGGAUGAGGCCAAAUUGUUCCUUUGGUGGCACAAAGUUCUGCAGCUCUGCCUCCUCCAAACAGAACAGGAGGAUGCCAUCUUGAUGGAAUCGGUCAUCCGGAUCUUGAUGUCUCUGCAAGGCCGGCAGAGUCUGCUGGCUGAAGAGAGGCUCACCUCUGGAAUACUCGGUGCUUUUGGGCUGGGCAGGAGGUCUCCCCUAUCAAACAGGUUCCGUGUGGUCGCCCGGAGCAUGUCUGCCUUCCUGCUGGUGCAGGUGCCGGUGGAGAAUCAGAUUCGGCUGAGAUCUGGGCUGGAACUGCAGCUCUCUGCUAAAGCUCAACAGGCACUAAAUGCUCUGGACUCUCUGGCUUCAAACAAACAAUACGCAGAAUACCAGGGGCAGAUCUUCCAAGCGUCCCAGUUCAUCAAGGACUCUCACCAUUGCCUUCACGAUGGGACUAACCUUUUGGCUAUCCUCCUCAACACUUUGUAUGCAGAAGUGCGUUAUUUGGAUGCUAUACGAUAGCAGAAAGCAAGUGAGGGGGCCCCUGCCUCUCGCUGUGAUCACGGAUUAUAUUCAGUUUACAGCCAGCGAUAACGUUGCACAAGUGACUGGCAUUCCCAAGGUUCCGCUGGUCAAGUAAGACGAAGAGAGAAAGGAAGGACGAAGUUGAAAGUUUGAACACGAGCUUCAGCUUCUAUUGCUUUCCUUUGAAAACUGUUGGGAAGCACUUGGCUUGCUGGUCAUUUCAAAACACAGGACAUUUCACUGCAGGAGAACAAUCUUGAGGUGCAUCAAGCCAAGGUCUACAGUCUGCUCUGUGUAAGGGUCAGCAGUGUCCAUUUUUGACAACACUAUCUUUGACUUCAUUUUCACUUGCACUUUUUCAGCUGAACUUUGCUCUUGUGCCAUCCUCUUCUUCUUUCUCCUCAUCCUCCUUUCUUUUCUUUUUUCAGUGGGAAAUUUGUGGGCCUGUUUCCAUAUCAAAAUUUUGGAUUGUCCGUGACUUCCUGCUUUGCUUAAUUUGUUUCUCUGCCUGACCUGAAUGUUUGUCAUUGUUUGGAUGUUAUAAAUAGGUUCAGCCUGUGAACUAAA